GGAGAAAACCGAAAUAAAACAUGACAGCGCCUGCUUUGUUGAAACGUCAGUUGCAAUUUCGCGUAAAAUUUCUUUAAAAACGGUCUCCAACGAAAAGUAUCGCGUUUCUAACAUCGCUUACUACCAAUUCAUCGACAUAAAUCGACUUUUAGAUUUAUAGUUCCAUUUAAGGCGUGUACCAAAUAGAUACAAUAAUUAUAAUACACACAGUACUACGUAGACAUGAGACAUCCUUGAUUGGUGACAUCAUGUAGUAUAAAUAAUGCAUUGCUUAGGACAAAUCCACAGUGCAAAUUAUGCCUUGAUGAAUCUGUGAUCUUAGUAACGCUAGUGUAGUGAAGUGUGACACUAUUGUAGUGUAUUGUAAGUGAGUGAAAUGGUGGUAUGGAUUGAAACUGGUGAUAUUGGUGUUUCUGGAAUACAGUAAAAGGAAACUAAAGAUGUCUCACUACCCCCAGCCAGCGUCUCUAGAGGACGCACUUCCUCUGCUGGGGAAGCCAGACCUGCGCAUGCGUCAGUUGUUGGGCGAGCGUUUGACGUCGCUCGUCAGACGAGAGGAGAUCACCCACGAUAUAGCAGCACCAUUGCUGGAUUCGCUGGUCGCUUGGCUCAAUGGGGGCAAUUUUAAGGUAGCCCAGAAUGGAUUGGAGGUGAUAGCUGCGAUAGCUGAGCGUAUGGGGCAAGAGUUCUCCCCUUAUGUGCCUACAGUAUUGCCUCAUAUUAUAGACAGAUUGGCAGACACCAAGGAGGGUGUACGCGUGGCUGCACGUUCGUGUAUAACGAGCCUAGACGAUUGCAAGGCUGUCGCUCCACGCUCGUUACUCGCACGUCUGACGCCCGCGUUACAACACAAGGCUGCGCAUACGCGGGAGGAAGCUCUGAAGUGUAUAGCCGCCUUGUUGGAUACCCAUGGCGCGACAGAACUCCAACUUCGCUCGUGCAUACCAAAUCUGGCUGCGCUGGUCGGAGACCCGAACAGCGCAGUGAGAGACGCCGCAGCACAAUUGCUUGUCGAUGUCUAUCGGCAUGUGGGUGAAAGACUAAGGCAAGAUUUAAAGAAGAAAGAACUGUUGCCAGCGCAGAAGUUGGCACUGCUGGAACAGAAGUUUGACGAGGCCAGAGAGGCUGGGCUGAUGUUACCCUCAGCAAACGCGGGUACAGAUGAGCCAGACUUCGUAUCACGGUCAGUGAAACGUGCAAUGACAUUACCUACGAGUAGAAGUAGAGAUGGGGACAGUGGUGCCUCAACACCAGCAUGUGAAGUGAAGCGAACAGUGGGCGGUUUAUACAAUUUACCAACAAGUCGUAAGCCACCAGUGAAACUCACAAGUGCGUCUAGUGUUUCGAGCGCCGCAAGCAAUUCAGGCGAAGCUGGGGCCGUUUCGUGUGAAGCGUUUGAAGCUGCUUUUGCGCAUAUUGCCCCAGCCGCUGUGUAUGGGGCAAGGGGCUUGGAGGAUUUGUUCCGCCACGCGGCUGCUUUAUUGGGCGACAGAGGGGCAGAUUGGGAGAAAAGGGUCGAUGCGUUGAAGAAAAUCCGUUCGUUGCUCGUUGCGAACGCGCACGUCCAGUAUCCGACCGAAUUCGCCGCGCACCUGAAGGAACUGUCCGUACCGUUUCUAGUCGUUAUCAAGGAUUUGAGGAGUCAGGUCGUAAGGGAAGCGUGUAUAACUAUAGCGCACAUGGCGAAGCUGUUGAAGAAUAAGUUGGAUCAGUUCUGUCUUUAUAUAUUACAAGAGGUUAUCAAUCUCAUACAAAAUGCGGCCAAGGUGGUGUCUUCGGCUGGCACAAUAUGUGUGCGUUACAUAGUUAUAUAUGUACAUUCGCCGAGGCUCGUACCGGUGAUAACGACAAAUCUCACCACCCAUAAGUCAAAGGAGAUACGGUCUACGCUUAGCGAGGUCCUAGUGCUUCUGUUAGACCAGUGGUCCCCGGUGGCAAUAGAGAAGCAGCAUCAGGCCAUCAGUGAGGCAAUUAAGAAGGCGUGUGUGGAUGCCGAUAGUACAGCGAGGAAUCAUGGACGAAGAGCGUACUGGGCGUACAAGAAACAUUUCCCAUCGGAUGCCGAGCAAUUGUUCUUGAAGUUGGAUUCGGCUGCGCAAAAGCAGAUCGAACGAGAGAGGGUUGGCAGUGUCGAUAGUUUGCAACAUAUUGGAACUGAGAGGAGAAUGAUAAGCCCCAGGAGCCCAUCGGCAAGUGUUUCUGCAUCCACGGAGAAUUUGUCAACUUAUCGAAGUAAUUCGUUGAGGAGAAGACGUGCCUCGCAGGAGCGCCCUCCGGUGUCUCAUAUACCAGUGUCUGCUAAAGCCGGCGUAGCAGCGAGGUCGGUAAGCGCAGUGGACGCAGCGGCCGCUCAACGGGCCAAAGCGAGGGCGAUGUAUUCGCAUCUCGCGAGGAAUAAAGUCGCCGCCGGGACUGCUAGCUUGCAAGGAGAAAUAGCACAACAAGCUCGCGCCAAACGCUCUCCAGUGAGUGGUACAGUGGCCCCGAGCCCCGAGAGGACUGUCCGAUCUCGUUCCAGGCCUGGGGUCUCUCAGUCACAACCAACGUCGAGGUCUUCCUCACCGUCUUCCAGAAGUGGGCCAGUCUCAUUGAACACGAGGAGGCGACCAUCUGGUAUACCACGGUCUUUGGCUGGUUCGAGGGAGACGAGUCCCACAAGAUCGGGCAGAUCCAACAGCGUGGUGGGUGUGGUCCGAAAACAGUCAGUGGAGAGGUCCCAAAGACCUCCCACGAGCAGCAUUCGGCUGCUGCAGCAGUCAAGGGACGCGGAAGCUGCUUUGAGAAGCCCCGAAGACAUUUCCGCGUGCGACAGAAGAGAUGACGAUUCUGAAGCGUCAAGUGUGUGUUCGGAACGGAGUUUGGACUCCUAUAGGAGACAUGAUAGCCUGACCUGGUCUUCCUCACGCCUGGGAUGGGAUUCUUCGCCCCCUCCACCCCCGACGCCCGAUAACAUUAUCGCCCUGUGUGCGUGUACGCACUGGACAGAACGCAAGGACGGACUAACACAUCUCGCUAAGUAUUUGAACAGCGGGAUGCUCCUCACCGAGGAGCAGCUAAAAAGAUUGACAGAACUUCUGAACAAGAUGUUCGUGGAUGCACACACAAAAGUAUUCUCGCUUCUGUUGGACGCUGUCUGUGAACUAUUGCUGGUCCACGCCCAGCAUUUGAAAGACUGGCUCUAUCAGCUCAUGUUAAAAUUAUUAACAAAGCUCGGUACGGACAUAUUGGGAUCGGUCCAAAGCAAAAUCAUGAAGACUUUGGAUGUCAUACACGAGUGUUAUCCAGCUGAGCUUCAAUUGUAUAAUAUAUUCAGGUUCCUAGCAGAUAGCGCUACAGCUCCAACGGCGAAGUCAAAGGCGGCGGCUCUGAAAUUUUUGACGGAUUUAGCGCAUGACUAUUGUACGCCUAAUAGCUUGGCUGUUGCAUUACAAGGUGGUAGCACAAGUGUGGCAGGUCGGGCUUUAACCAAGGUAGCGAACUUGGCGAACGAUUCCAGGUCUGCAGAUGUUCGUACCAUGGCGAGACGAGCCCUCGCAGCCCUGUACGACUGUAAUCCUGUGCCUUUUACAGCGCUCAUGAGCGAAUUGACGGCUGAUACGCAAGCAAUGGUGAAUGGGGUGUUACAACAACACGUGAGGAGGACUUCCAGCACCGGUAGCGAUAGCCCAAUGCGUACAUCAAGCACGACUUCAAAUCCGGCCAACGCAGAGGACGUGUAUUCGAGGAUUAGGAAGACAACUUCCGAGAUACACACGUACACCGCGCAGCAUUCUAACGCGGAUUGCGGCAAUCAUAUUAUGUCCAGCAAGGACUCUGGAAUCAGCCAAAUGUCGGAUGCCACGUCGUCAGCGAGAGGACCGAAUGUCCCCAACGGACAUUAUACCGGUGAUAUAGGCCGCGCCGCAUCGGCGGAUAGUUCUGAAGAAGCGAAUAGCACGAAGGAGUCGUCGCCGAUACCUCAUAGGGAUUGUACUCAUGGUCACGGAGACUACAGUUCAGCGAAUAUGGCGAGGGACAAGAUGAAGCCACACGAAAUGGACGAGAACGGUCUUUUAAUAACAAAAGCCGGUCUCCGAGAGACGGAGGUGCUGGAGGCGUUGAGCAAAGUGGACGUGUCGAAGGAUCCGGCUGAACAUUGCGAGCGGCUGUUCGUCGCCACCCACGAGAUCCUCAAGUACGGCGAGUGUAAGAAGCCCUGCGAAUAUUUCAAGAAUAUCCUAAGAGUGUCGUUGGCGGCUAUUUCAGUUGAGGAAAAUGUUGCAGACAAAGAGAAUGCGGAUAUUGCGUCGAAUUCAGGAUGGGCAAACGCCCAUGAGCGAACAGCCGCUGAAGCAGUGAAGGUCCUCAUCUGGUUAUGUCGGAGACCAGAGACACGCUCGCAAUGGCUGGACUAUUUCGAUCUGAUUCUGCUGAAGUUGAUCAACGCGUACGGUGCUCACAGUAAGGAGGUCAUGAGGGCCAUAGACAAUGGGAUGCCGCAUAUCGCUGCUGCGUUGCCGGCUCAGCACGUUCUGGCCCUCUUAAAACCAGUUAUAAGAACCAAAGGAUACCCUUCAUCACUGUGCGCUCUGAAGUUAGCCGCGGAAGUUGCGAAGGCGCGAAGCUCGGAGCUGUCUGAUGAAAUCGUUUCACCUAUAAUGGAGGGCGUAGGACAACUGGCUGACCACCAAAACUCAGCAGUGCGCAAAGCGGCUAUCUUCAGUAUGGUGGCGUUCACAUUCGCACUCGGCAAGGAGAGAAUGCAGCCCUACUACAAAUAUCUAUCUGUUAGCAAGCUGCGGUUAUUAGAUGUAUACAUAAACAAGCAAAAGGAAGAAGCGACGAAAGGCGGUGGGUCGUAGCGUCGGCAGAGGCUGGCCACGCGCGCCACGCAGACCGACACGUGACCCGGUUGAUCUUAGGUGACCUUUCAUGAGCUGCAUGAACCCGACCCCCGUGACCAUGCGUUGCGAUUUAACACCCUAAUUACCACAUAUAACCUAAUUUGAUCUAACCCAAUGUUAUACCAUAUAUGUUCUUUAAUAUCAACGCUUUUAAUAAAUUGACCUUUGUGUUUAGCUUCUUUGGUCAUUAAAAUUAUGUAAGGGUACAUAUGUGUCUGCGAACGCGCGAAGUUUUACGUGUAUAUGAUUUUUAGUUUUGCCAAGAAUCGAACGUUAAUAAAGUAAUCGAAAAUAUUUUUCUUAUUAUUUGACAAGGAAUGGUGUUAUUUAAAAAUUCUACAUCUUAUGGACCAUGGGGCAAAUAUUACUUUACAUUUUUCUUUGAUUUACGUAACAUUACGUAACAAAAUGUAGACUUAUAAAUGUCAAUAUAAUAUAUGAACAUUUAUUUUACAUUUACUGCCAGUUCUCAAAUCAAGGGCGUAGAACGGGAGAGAAGAACUGGCAAUAAACUAUCCGCCACUCUAUUUACGUGUUAUCGUUCUUAGAUUAAACAAAAACACAAAUAAAAAAUUCAUUCGUAACACGCUUGUAAAAAAAAGUUUAUUACGUGUUAAUUGUUCUUUUUAAUUACACAUACUUAUCUCGAUCAAAACACUUUCCGACGUUUAUCUAAUCUGUGACACGUGUCAAGUGACGAACACUAUUCAAUUAUUAAUUUUUACAUUUUAUUUUACUAUUGUAUAUUAUGUAGAUUAAUUCCAUUAAUUAAUGAAUUAAUUAUUAUUUAAUAACACUAUUUUUCAUACUGUCUAGCCAUGGUGCAUCAAAUUAAAAUUAUGGAGAACAUUUUCAUGUUUUGACCCGUUACUAUGUAUAGGAAAUAGUAAAAAAUAUAUAUUUAAGUUGUUUUUAUUUUUAAAACUUUUGUAUUUUUUUAAGUUAAUAUUAAACGACGUGACACGUGUGUUGUGUCAAAGUUUAGCGGUGUGAUAACCGUAUAUCAUUUUUUUGACAUAACUCUGGACUGUUUAUAUAAAUGACGGUUUCUUAUUUAGUACUAAUGAGUGACCAUGCAGGAAGGUUAAUUCGACGUAAGAUUGAGAAACUGUUUAAAUAUCAGUUAUACUAUUAAAAAUGAUUGUGUAUGUCAAUCCAUGCUCAGUGGUGGGACAGAUUAUUUUAAUAUUGAAACAGACGAGUCUUGUCAUGCAUGGUCACCUAUGAAAACUAAACAAAUGUAAACACAACAAACAAACACAUUUUAAAACAGUUUUGUUUUUCUUUUUUUUUGAAAAGGUUUCGUGAGUUUUUUUGACAAGUUUUGAUCAACUUUUCAUCAAUUGUUUUUUUGUGAUUUCAAUGUGUCUAGCGUUUUGACGAUGCACCUCUCAUCGCUGCCCCUAAAAGUUUAAAUUAAUAAAUGUUUGUAAGGGGGUAAUCAUCGUAAUACUGGCAGCCCUAAUGUCAGGCACAGCUGACCUACUUGCCCAUUAAUAACGAAAUCUGAGGCCCGGACCUCAAAGGCUACCUUUUUUAUAUCAUAUACACGUAAAAUUUUUAAAAGCAUUUUCUACUAAACAGCAUUUCUGUAUAAAUGUAAUAAAAGCUAAUCUAUACAAUUACUAUGGUUAAGCGACGAUUGUAGAAUUUUGUUUUUGGAUGGGUGAUUUUGUAUCGAUUUUUAGUGCUAUAUUUAAUGUAGGUUCCGGUUAUAGAGCAAUAUAAUCUAGUAUGGCCAUUUUGUGGCUUUUGGCCAAAUUAAUCGACAGAUAUAUAUCCCCGAUUUGGGGUAUGGGGCAUAAGAUUCUACUCAGAUUAAAUCAUCAGUUUAAUAAAACAGUUUCAAUAAUGAUAAUUGCAAAAAAAAUUGUUCAAAACUUUUUUUUAACUACCCUGUCUUUUGUAAGAUUCUACUAAGAUGAAUAGUGAAUAAAUUUAUAUAUCUAUAAAGGGAGACGGCAAUAAUUAUAAACCAUGCUACCUUGCUCGAUUCAAUGAUUUUUGAAACUACCCUCACAAAAUAUGACGUACUGUCUUCAUUUAAAAGACAAUGAAGUAGAAAAGGCUUCUGCUUUGUCUGCCCCAUACCCCCAUUAGGGCAACACAUCGAAGCGAAUGUUGAGGAAUAAAACCAAAUUUUUUUGUUUUAAUUUUACUGUAAGGCAGAUUUCAAUAAUUAAUUUUUAUUUAUUGUGUAAUAAAAGACUUUCAUGUUUUAAGAGAUGAGAAAUAUGUUGGUAUUUAAAAUGUUGCAUCAGGUCAUUUGAUAACGUCUGUAUAAUAAUGAAUCUAUUUAAAAUUAUGCACCAAGUCGUUUGAUGGCGACUGUAUAGUAAUGAAUCUAUUUAAAAUUAUGCACCAGGUCAUUUGUUAACGUCUGUCUAAAAAGGAAUAAUAUUAUAUUUAAAAUUAUGCAUCAGGUCGUUUAAUAGCGUCUGUAUAAUAUUGAGUAUAUUAAAGUAGUUCCUUAUUAUUUUGUAAAACUGUCACCAUGCAUUAGGUCAUUUGUUACCGUCUGUAAGUCUGUAAAGUUAACUGAUGAUGAUAAAUCUAUAACUUUGCAUCAAGUCAUUUGCUAACGUAUAUAAAAUCUCCCUAUUUUAUAUUAAUUGAUAUUUCAUUACUUUUAAUCGCUUUGCGAAAUGCUUUGCCACAUCAGGUCAUUUGCUAUUGUCUGUAAAUGUAUUUUUUUAUACUUAUUUUACACUGUAUUAUUAAUAUGAUAACGCGAUUAUGACCUUUAAACCACAAUACAACACUUGUUUAAACCAACGUAAGGUGAAAUAUGUCAAUGACAACUGUCAAAGUCUUAUAUAUCAGGUGUCAUAAUUGAUGUUCAUCAUGACAACUGUCAGUCUUAAAUGUCAUAAAAGAUGUAGCAUAUACGUCAGAUGUCACAAUUGAUGUCGCAUAUUGACUACUAUCAGUAUUAAAUGUCAUGUCAUAAAUGAUGUCGGAUAUUGACAUCUGUCAGUCUUAUAUGACAUUUGUCAUAAUUGGUGUAGCCUAAUGACAACGGUCAGAAUGAUAAAUAUUGAAGUCUGCUUUGCUCUAAGCGACGUUUGUUUGUAUGUAUGUCACCUUUAAUGUAGAUAGCUUCGGUCGCUUAGUUGAUAUAAAUUGUAAUAUAAGCAACUAUUGUAAUUUUCUUAUUUAAAAAAAUAUUUACCGGAUUAAAACGCGGAUAUCAAGUUUUAUAUGGAGCCACUGAAAGAGCUUGUGGUAUGGUUGAAUUACACGUAUACGCGUUACUUUGUCACUCUUGACCAUGCAAGUCGUCGAGUGCGUAAACAUUGGAUAUUAUCACAAGAACCGACUCAUUGUGUUACGACUUGUAUGGUCACUGCUGUAGAAUGACCAUGCACGUCUUAUACUACGUGGUGCUGUCAAGGCAUACUUUGUUCUUUCAUCUUUCUGGAAUAACUUUUCUUUCUUUAAUUUAACCCCAGUAUUUGACCAUGCAUCUUGAAAAUUGCGUGAAAUGUCUGAUAAAUGUGUAUUUCAAGAUAAGAUUACUCCAGUAAAAAGUAGUGACGGUAGUUGACAAUUAUUACCGUUUUAAUCCGAUAAAAAGUAUUGUGAUUUUUGUAUUUAAUUGGAAUUUAAUAUGUUCUCGUUUAAGUUGUUAAAAACAGCUUUUUGUAAUUUAAAUUCGAGUUAAUUAUUGCAUAAUCAAGAAAUCCUUCAAACAUCAACUUACCAGAGACAACACAUUAAUGCUCCGUGCCCAUAUGGAAUUAAAACAAUAGUAUUCUAAUAGUAAACUAUAAACUGAGCGGCAAUAGCUAAAAGCGGGCAAUAGAUCAUACUGGGGCGUGCAUUGGACUAAACUCUUCUAACCAGCGCAUGGUGGCGACAAAAAGACUCCUAUCAAUUUAUUUUUCUGGUAAGCUGAUGAAUGAAGGAUUCCAUAUUCAAAUGAGAAUCUCAUCGCAAUCUAGAUUGUUCGAUUUGUUAGAAAACGGAAUUAUAUAUUACAAUUUAUGUAUUUGGCGCGUUGUGUGUAUUACAACUUAUAUGUUAGACAUUGUCAAUCACCUAAAUAGGGACAAUUCUAAUACGAUAGAGGUGGGAAACUUGACAAAUGGCAAGUGACUGAGGACGGCUUAAAUCGUUUACGAAAGUAAAUUGACGAAGACACUAGACGUUCAUUGCAUCUAAUCGGAUCUUAGAUCUUUAAUUUAUUAACAAUCCGUCAACAUUAACAGAUGACAGUUGUCAUUGUUAACCCACCUCUAUUCGCCGGUUUGCAUUUAAUGUUAUUAGCUUGCUCGAUGCAACAUCAGUUUAAUAUUUAAUAUUAUGUAUAGUUAUGAAUAAAAGGAUUUUUAAGUC